AUGGGGCAUCUUCCCAGCAGUGACACUCCCCUUAAAUAUACUUACACAGUGUGAAAGCCUGCACACAUGUCGCCUGUUUGCUCAGCUUCGAACACCAUGAAGAAUAUUGUGCAACUCUGUGCAACAGUUUCGCUGCUGUUCCUGACCCUGCACUCGGCCAGAGUGUUCUGUGUGCAGCGUGUUCACUGCCAGUGGGGGCCUUUUGGAAGCUGGUCAGCUUGUGAUCCCUGCACCAAAUUGCAGACAAGAAGCCGAGCCAUGGCUGUCUAUGCUCAGUUUGAUGGGAACCCCUGUGAUGGGGGCCGCACUGAGACCAGACCCUGUGAAACCACGCAAGCCUGUCCAUUGGAUGAUGGAUGCGGAGACAGAUUUCGUUGUCGAUCAGGGAAGUGCAUUAGCAAGUCUUUGUUGUGUAAUGGAGAUCAGGACUGCGAAGAAGAUGGACUAGAUGAGAGGGACUGUCCGGUUCAAAAGUUCAUCACGUGUGAACAUACGGUUCCCCCUCCUCAAGUAGAGCUACUUGGGAAUGGGUUCGAUGUGGUAUCUGGAAAGAGCAGAGGAAGUGUCAUCAACACUAAGAGCUUUGGGGGCCAGUGUCGAUCUGUCUUUAGUGAUGUCCACAAAACCAUUUAUCGGCUUCCCCUCAGCGCUAUUCAGUACAACUUCCUGGUUACAGUCCAAAAGGAUUUCAGUGAUGAGAUGUUUACCAGCCAAUGGCACUAUGCAAAAGAUAUUGUCAACAGACAGACAGUAGCCGGGACAACAAGCGGACAUCGUAAUUAUGACUUCCAUGAUAAACAUGACACGUCUCAAACUAGAAGGAUUGUGGUGUUAAAGAAUGAGAUAGAGGUAGCUCAGUUCCAAAGCAACUCUCCCAAGUACCUUCCAAUAUCAGAGGAGUUUUGGAAGGCCCUGGCCAAGCUCCCCUCUGUUUACGACUACUCAGCCUACAGGAAGAUUUUGGAGAGGUUUGGAACACACUACAUAUCUGAGGGAAGCAUGGGGGGCUCCUUGAACUCCAUCGUUUCAAUCAAUGAAGAAACUGAAAAUCGCAUCAAGAGUGAGAGGUUCGACAAUCACGAAUGCGAAAGGAAAAAACGUUGGAUUCUGUUCUUUCCUAUCACGAGAGUGGUUUGCACAACAUCUACAGGUUCAAGGACAUGGCACAGUGAUACCAGCACGUCUGACAAUAAUGCAAAAGUGGAGGUGCAGGGUGGAGGUCCAUCACACAUUGCAGCAUUAGAGAAAAUGCAGCUUGAUGAUGCAGACAAGAACUGGGAAUUGUACUCAAAUUGGGCUGACUCUAUCACGUCAUUACCUGUGGUCAUAAAACAAAAGCUUCGACCUCUGUCAGAGCUGGUUAAGGAAGUUCAGUGUUCUGGAGUUAAGAGACUCUUCCUGCGUAAAGCCAUAGAACAAUACCUGUAUGAGAGCCAUCCCUGCCACUGCCAGUCCUGCAGAAAUAAUGGCCUGGCUGUCAUGGAUGGAGACAAAUGCAAAUGCAUCUGCAAAACUGGCACAUCAGGGCUGGCUUGUGAGCAAGGAGUUGAGGCAGAGGGCCAACCAGGUGUGAUCCAUGGUAGUUGGUCCUGUUGGUCUGCCUGGUCUUUGUGUUCUGGGGGUCGAAGUUCGCGUAGUCGCUCUUGCUCUAACCCUUCCCCUCAGAACGGCGGCCAUCACUGUAUCGGAGAAUCAACUGAGACCGCUGGCUGUGAAGAACAAGAGGACCUGGAGUACUUAAAAACCAUGGAGCCUCAGUGCUUUGAUCAAACUCUCCCAGAACUUCAGAAGUGUGUGACUCCACCCAAUCUGAUCAACGGCUACAUCCUGGAUCCCAAGGACAACUACUAUGUGGGUAACAGAGUGGAAUAUAGCUGCACCGCCGGAUUUUAUCUUGUUGGUAUCAGCAUCCUCCAAUGCAAUGCUGAUCAAACCUGGUCUGCAAACCCUGGGCUCUGUGCAGUUUCAGUGUGUAAGCUUCCUCCACUUGCAGAGGAUGUCGUAGCAUCUCCUUCACAGGAGGCUUAUCAUCUGGGAGACUCUGUUAGCUUCUCCUGUCCACAUGGUCGUUCAUUAGAUGGUGAAGCUACGGCUAUUUGUGAUUCCAGUUUGAAUUUUUCUCCAGACCCAGCUCAAACCAGGUGCAUCCAAGCUGAAAGAAGCCAGAAGCCCACUGCUUCCCCAGCACAAUGCAAACAAUGGCAGAAGUCAUUUAGAGGAAAAUGUGUCUGCAGAAUGCCUCCUGAGUGCAGUUCUUCGCUGGAGUUGUGUGCCAUAAGUCCAUUAGAUGGACAGUUUGUUCUCUUGACUGUGUGCAAGAUUCAGGCAAUCAAAUGUAUUGGGAAAAACCUUGAGAUAGCAGACGACAGCAACUGCAAGUGGCCACAGCGCAGCAACACAGACUGCACCAGAUGUCACAUGUGGGAAAACUGUGACGCCCAAACCAAUCAGUGUCGCUGUAAAGACUCAGCAGACUGCUUGAUUCCAGGAGAAAGCGUGUGCAUCCGUGUUGGUGAGGACGCAACGAUUGCACCACAAACCAUGAGCGAGUGUGAAGCAGGACUUCGACGAUGCAAAGGGGAGAAGGUGACGGUUGUCAGUAUCCAGCCAUGUGCUUCCUAAUACCUCCCACUCAUGCUAUUGUUUAUCUGCCUUGUGCUUCAGCGGCAUUUGACCAGUUGCAUACUGCGGAAGGGUUGGCUUGGAAAUAAAAUGUAUUAAUUUCCAAUCGUUUCAACAAGCCAAAUGCAUGAAAUUGCUCCUGACCAUCAAUUCAUGUGGGCAGCAGCCUAAGCAGAAGCCCAGAUGUUUCUGUUUAAUUAUUACACAUCAGUGGUUAAGUGACUGUUGCAACACAUGCUUCUUUUCCUCAUGUUUCAACACAUAAAUGCCUUAUAGACAUACCAAGAUACUACAUGUAGCAUGUUUAAAAACAUCGCAAAAGCUUAAAGGGUCAGGAGGAAAACUGACAACUGCAUCUUCUAAUUUCUUCUUUAUUUUGUUCUAUUUCCUUUUUUGUUUUGUUCAAUAAAACAUUUAACUUACAUUGUUUAAAGUGCUUUUAAUUCCCAGUCAUGAAGCAUUUUGUGUAUGGUUUAUUCCUCACUAAUUGACACUUUUAAAGACUCCUGAUCAGAAUGCAUUAAACGGUCUCAAGCAGUUACUCUGAAUGUAAUGGAAACAUUGCAUUUUGAUCUGCAUGUUUUGUAAACACAACUGACUGUCAUAUGAAAUUGAAGUUCUUUACCUGAGAAAAGAAAAUGUAAAAAUGUUCCUUAAAAUCAUCAUGUAAAUUCCACUGUUGGGAUUUAAAACUGAAAUGUAUUUUAAGAGAUUUGCUCACUGUAACUGACGGUGUAGACGCUCCCUGCUGGCAGAACACACUCCUGCUGGCGGUCUAUUUCUACCACUGGCUCGCUGCCUUCUCAUACGGUGAGCCCAUGUGUGUCAGUACGUGCUUGUGUCAGACUCGCAUGGAAAUGAUAUGCGUAUGGAGUCAUAUUCAAUAAAUUAGAACACGUGUUUC